AUGGAAAGUGAUUGCUCAUCAAGAGCAAGUCCAAAAGUCCAAUUCACCCCUAUUAGGAAAAGACUGAAUCAAUUCACAAAGUCAAAAUCUUUGAGAAGUUCAGCGGGUCAUGUGCUGGAAACUAAUGAGGUCAAAUCAAAUGAGACAGCAAAUGUUACAAGAAACAGGACUUAUCAGAAAUCUUUGCUAAAUGUCUUCUCUAACACCACAAACCAUUCUGACAUUAUUUCCGAGUUUAUCAAUAGAGAAAUCAAGUAUUCAGGUAUAGCAUCUUCACCAGUUCAUCUGCAUGGUAAUCUCAAGUUGGAAAACAAACAUGGUGUGCCAUUUUUUGAAUUCAAGGUGAAGUGUCCUGAAGAUGUCUUUGUGGCCAAGACUUGGAGAGCAGGUAAUGCUCUGAAUUGGGUAUAUACUUUCCACUCCAUUGACAAUAGAAAGAAAAGCAAUGCUACUGACUUGGGAUCCCAUGAUUGUGACAAAGAUUCCUCAAUGGUAGCAGAGAUGCUAGUUUCCUGUAAUUUAUGUUCUGAACCAGAAGACAGAGUAUUUGACAACUCUAUGGUGACAGAAUUCGUGUUGUAUGAUCUUACACACUCAAGACAAAGUGUUUCACGAGGAAAAAAGUCUUUCUGUGAACAAGAUGCUUCUAAAACCCGAAAAGUUUCCCAUGUUGGAUUGAAGGAAGAAACUUUCAGGCUGGAUGAAGAGAACCUUGCAAUCAAAAACAAACUUCAAGACAAGCCUUUAUCAAGCAAUGUUGAUUUUGUUGAUUCAAAUUGUUAUCCUUUGUUGUCCACUGAAUCCCAUUCAAACCUUGAAAUUGCUGCCAUUGUUUUGCAAAUUCCGUUUACUAAGAGAGAGAGCUUGAAUAGUAGAUCAGGGUAG